CUGCAGAGAGGCAAUUAUGAUAAUUUCGUUUUUUUUUUUUGGUUCUUAAAUUACGAUUUUCCGUUUCUUUGAUUCAUCUUCUGUUAUCAUUGUGCCCUAGAUCCAUCCAUGUCUUCCUUCUUCAGGUCCCAGUUCACUCCAUAACCUUCACUCUCUGCAUUUCUUUUUCCUCGGCCAUUUUCUCUCCUUGGAAAACGUGGAAAUACUUCGAGGAUCAUCCAUUUUGGUUCAUUAUUGGCUUUCUGUAAGUUCAGUGGAUGAUUUUCGGGAUUCGAUUACAUUUAGUGUAGAAAUUUUUCUAUACGUUGCGAGUGCUGUUCCGGAAUGUAUUAAGGUUAUUGCGUAUGUUUUUAGUCUGAAUUUUGGUAGGAUUUGGCAAGAUUUUGGGGGUUUAUUGUGGAAAUUGCUUAGGAUUCGGAGUUGUGGCUGUUCUGGCUUGGUUGAGUUUUACUGAUAUUGAAUGUUGGAUGCUAAUUGCUGUUGUAAUGAGCUAAUUUGUGUGUGUUUUAGGUUUAGUUCCUGAGUUUUUGUUGAGUUUUUUAUGAGUUUUUGCGUUAUGGGAAUGUUAGAAGAGGAGGAUAUAUUAGUAUUGGAUGAUUUGAAGGGUGAGUAUUGAUUCUGAAGGAGGGUGUUGCUGGGGGUGGUUAUUUUACAUAAUGGGUUCCGUUUGUUGUAAGCCCUCUGCUAUUGAAGAUAGCAAGGAAAGUCCAAGGGAGAGGCUGUCGAGUAAGACCUCGUCUGACCUGCGUGUGGCGAGAGUGACUUCAUCGACAAGGGAAGAAGUGUAUCGAUCUAAAGAUCAGCACGAUGGUAAUGAUGCAAGAGUGAUGUUGAUUGACAAGCAGGUUAAUGGGUCGGGUCGAAUGCAGGGUGAGAAUUUUGAGAGGAAGAGGGAGAAGAUGGAGCAUAUGGGUGCUCAACAUCCUUCAAUGGGUAGAAUUCCGAAGGCAGCUGAGGGAGACCACGUUGCUGCAGGGUGGCCUCCAUGGCUGGCUGCAGUUGCUGGAGAGGCAAUCAGAGGCUGGCUACCCCGACGAGCUGAUUCUUUUGAGAAAUUGGAUAAAAUUGGCCAAGGAACUUAUAGUAAUGUAUAUAGGGCUCGUGACCUUGACCAAAAGAAAAUCGUUGCUCUGAAGAAAGUAAGGUUCGACAACUUAGAACCCGAGAGCGUCCGCUUUAUGGCUAGGGAAAUUCACAUAUUGCGUAGACUCGAUCAUCCAAAUGUAAUAAAGCUGGAGGGUCUAGUCACAUCAAGGAUGUCUUGCAGCCUUUAUCUUGUUUUCGAGUACAUGGAACAUGACUUGGCAGGACUUGCUUCACACCCUGGCGUGAAGUUUACAGAGGCGCAGGUCAAGUGUUACAUGCAGCAACUUUUACGAGGACUCGAUCAUUGUCACAGUCGUGGAGUUCUACAUCGUGACAUAAAGGGCUCGAACCUUUUAAUUGACAACAAUGGCAUCUUGAAAAUUGCUGACUUUGGUCUAGCAAGUCUUUUUGAUAUCCACCAAAAUCAGCCACUGACAAGUCGGGUCGUGACUCUUUGGUAUCGACCACCUGAGCUUUUACUUGGCGCUACUUAUUAUGGUAUAGCUGUAGAUUUAUGGAGUACUGGCUGCAUACUUGCUGAAUUGUAUGCUGGGAAGCCCAUUAUGCCAGGAAGAACAGAGGUGGAACAGCUACAUAAAAUAUUUAAACUCUGUGGCUCUCCUUCAGAGGAUUAUUGGAGAAAAUCAAGGUUGCCACAUGCAACGAUAUUUAAGCCCCAACAGCCCUAUCUACGUUGUGUUGCAGACACAUUUAAGGAUUUCCCUGCACCAGCUUUAGCUCUCAUUGAGACGUUACUCUCGGUAGAUCCUGCUGAUCGUGGCUCUGCUGCUCUCGCCCUUAAAAGUGAAUUCUUUUCAACAAAGCCUCUUCCUUGUGAUUCUUCAAGCUUGCCAAAGUAUCCUCCCAGCAAAGAAUUGGAUGCCAAGAUAAGGGAUGAGGAAGCUAGAAGACAAGGAGCAGUAGGAAGCAAGGGACACCGACUUGACCUGCAAAGGAAAAAUAGCGAGUCUCGAGCCGUCCCUGCACCUGAUGCCAAUGCCGAGUUAGCCUCAUCAAUGCAGAAACGACAAGGUCAGUUCAAUUCGAAGAGCCGGAGUGAGAAGUUUAACCCACAUCUAGAAGAAGCAUCGGGUUUUCCUAUCGAUCCACCUAGACCUUCACAAGGAGCAGAAAGAAUGGAUUCUCACGUGCGUCAUCCUAAGAAAGCCUCACAUUCAGGGCCACUUGCUCAGCGGGCUGCUUGGGCAAAGGCUAGUAAGAACUCUGAUGACGCUCCCAAAAUGUCAACCGGGGCCGAAACGUUCGCAACUUCAGGACUAGUUGCAGCUAGACGAAGUAUGCUGGCUGAAGAUUGCAGGGAAAAGCCUGACUCUUCACAAGGAGAGGUUAAAAAACUAAUUGGCAGGUUUCCUGGUUCCUUCAAAGAAACCUCGGAGUCGUCGAUGCUACCGGGCCAGAAGUUCUCAAAUCACAGUAUUGUAGGCUCACAUGACAAAGAGAGAAGCAGCACCAAAGACCCUAUAGUUGUGGGUUAUGGCUCAAACGGUCAUAAGAUUCACUACUCUGGUCCAUUACUGGUUCCCUCAAGCAACAUGGACCAAAUGUUUAAGGACCACGAUCGCCAUAUCCAAGAAGCAGUAAGACGAGCUCGGCUCGACAAGGCAAAGGCACGGAAGGUUCAAGCCGACGGGAAACAGAUGUCAACAAAUUCAUUAUUCGUCUCCGGUCAUUAAGCGAGGAGAUCGGUAGAUAUGGAACGACAACAAAUGUUAAAGAGUUCAUUGUUAGGUGAGCAGAUACUACUCCAGAAAUGGUGAUCAAAUGAUUGGCCUGUUGUACAGGGAAGUCUUCCUAGUUUUUUUAGACGAAAAAGGGUUGAAAAACCUUCCUCUCUUCUCGUACGCGCUCGCAAGGUAACACGUGUAACUCGGUUGCAAAUUAUGUAGGCUCUGAAUAUUUUGGCCAUUCUUGUAGAGAAUUUGUAUUUCUGGCUGUAUAGUUCAAGUGAAUAUGACAUUGUCUAGAGAAUUGUUGGAGACCAGAAAGAUUUUACUACCACAUUUUCUUCUUCUUA